GUGAUUAGCGAAGCCGCAAUGCGUCACAACAUCGGGGUUUUGGAAUACUCCAGAACGUGUCAGGCAGCUGCGUCAGGAAUGGCUAGUGGCAUUCUAGGCCUUACUGGUAUUCCUGGCUUUGUAUUUUACUUCGUACUUGUGGCUCUCCAGGCUCUUAUUUGGGAAGUUAAAGCAGGAUUCGAGUGGCGUAACUUCUUUAUGAGUCGAGAGCUAGCAGUAACACACUCCUUAAUUUCAGGGCUUUUUACCUAUAUAUUAUUUUGGGUUUUUCUUUAUGGAUUGGUACACGUUUAUUGA